GCGGCCCCAGAAGGAUGAGGGCGGUUCCCGGUGACUGAAACGUGCCUGUCUGUGCCGUUGGGACUGCUUCACAAGCUUGAUUCGGCUUUCGGGGAGCACCACAGCGCUCUGGCCAGGUACUCUCCCAGGCCGAUGUCGGCUUCCGCAGCUCUCCCGCUGCGACGAAUCUGCCGUUGAGACACAGUCGCUCGCUCGGCGAGGAGUUUGUGGAAUCUGCUGUGUUGGAAGAGCGACGCGGGGGCCUCCCGGGGCAGCUGCUGUCAUGGCGGCGGCCGCCCCCAGCGCCGGGCGCUCGGCGCCCGCCGAGCCCGCCGAAGCCCCGCUGCAGUACAGCCUCCUCCUGCAGUACCUGGUGGGGGACAAGCGGCAGCCGCGGCUCCUGGAGCCCGGGAGCCUGGGCGGGAUCCCGAGCCCGGCCAAGAGCGAGGAGCAGAAGAUGAUCGAGAGGGCGAUGGAGAGCUGCGCCUUCAAGGCAGCGCUGGCCUGCGUGGGAGGGUUUGUCUUGGGAGGUGCGUUCGGGGUGUUUACUGCCGGCAUCGAUACCAACGUGGGCUUCGAUCCCAAAGACCCGUACCGUACACCGACUGCAAAGGAGGUUCUUAAGGACAUGGGACAAAGGGGGAUGUCCUACGCCAAGAAUUUCGCCAUUGUGGGAGCCAUGUUUUCGUGUACUGAGUGUUUGGUGGAAUCUUACCGAGGAAAAUCAGAUUGGAAGAACAGCGUCAUUAGUGGCUGCAUCACUGGAGGAGCCAUCGGUUUCAGAGCUGGCUUAAAGGCUGGGGCCAUUGGCUGUGGAGGUUUUGCUGCGUUCUCGGCUGCCAUCGAUUAUUACCUGCGGUGAGAGCCGUUGCCCGUGGGAAGGACGCACAGGCCCAGGAUCAGAGCUGCGCUCCGCAGUGCGGAUUCCACGCUACUCCGGGCCCUUGUUUCCGGGGCUGGAGGCCUUCGUGGUCCUUCACGGUGUUGGUGGCGCAAGGGAGCCACUUGACUGCCAUCUGCCUCCAGCUUCCGGAGCAGCUACGCUCUCAGCCACUCCUGGACUCUGGCCAGGCUGGACUGUCCUCAGAGCAGAGUGGGGGGCAGGGGGACUUGCAGGAAUUGAGCUCCCCGGAGGCUCUGUGCUGGCCGCUGGCAGCUCGCUACUGCACACCCAGGAGGCCUGCCGUCUUGGAGCCCCAGGCGGCCAGCGGCUCGUGCCAGGGCGGGGCACUGCGCACUCUGCCAUCCAGCCAGUUAUGUCCCGCUUCCUUGGUACAAUGUAUAUGUUUCUAUAACAGUUGAAAAGGUUGGUUUCUUUUCCAAGCACACAAUCCCCAGGGGCCCCAAGCCGGACCAUCCACAGGAAGAGCGAGGUCCCCUGAGAGCCACGCUGUCGGGGUCUGCAGAGGACCAGGCCAUCCUCUCCGGGGCCUCUCCCCGGAGGCCCAGCAGAGCCGCUUUUUAGGGUGCAUGGAAAUUCCAAGGGCAACCCUCCUGCGCCGGCCCACACGCUGCCGUCGUGUUCUGACCGCGGGGCCAGGCCCGGCUCGCGGACACACAGGAUGGUGUGGUCACGGCAGCGCCUGGCUGAGCCAAGGCUGAGGGCUCGUCCCCACUGCCUUCGUUCUCCGGGGCCGGGGCCAGUGGGGUGUUUGGUCAUCUUACCCAUUUUUGACUUGGCCACGUGCUCUUUUUCUGACAGCAGCAGCUCAGCCUGCAUCACAGACCAAAACCCAGCCUCCUGACAGCUGUGCCCACGCUGGGGCUGUGCCCCCCUGGAGCUCUGGGGGAGAGGGAGGCCGAUGGCCGUGGGCUCGGCCUCACGCGGGGCUGUGGGCAGCAGGCAGCCGCGGGACACCCUCGUUUCUGCUGGACGGUACUGGUGUUCUUUUGCUUUCUUCACGUCUGUUCUGUCUUGUAGCCCGUCCCCCACGCUCAGCCAGAGUUCAAAGAGGCAGGCAUCCCCAGCUUGUAUGCAUAUGCGAGUGGCGAUGUCAGACGGUCUGGUAACACCUUCCUCUGGCCAUGCCUCGGCGCGGGUGUGAGCUAGCACUGCGCACUCACGGCCAUCUACAGGAGUUCUGCAUCCCGCCCACCCCAGGCUCAUAGGCACGAGGCACCUUUGCUGCUGGGCCAUUUGGAGCGUUCCCCGGAGCUCCAGAAACAAACUUGAGAGUGCUGCCUCUGCGGGCCGCGAUCACAUCGCCGGUGCGAGCACAUGAAGCCAGGGCAGUCACACCCUGCGACCUGGCACCUGUCGGAAUCCUAGGCCGGGCUGCCUGGGGCCUCGCACCGCCUGUCUAGCGCGUGCAAAGACAGUGCCCUCCCAGCGGCUUUGGAGAUGAGCCCUGAGGCUGUCGGCAGCGGUGGGCCCAAUAAUCUAAGCAUUGUCUGCACCGACUGUUCAAUCAGGAGAUGAAGAGUUUCCUGUUUUAGAUGGCCAGGGAGCCAGUAUGAGCUCAUAAACCAAACAGCAAUCUUCACACACAUCUGUUCCUGAUCUCCAGAAUAAACAGUGUCCAGUGGCUCCGGCUGGUGGGAGCCUGCGUUAACCCCACUGGCUGUCCCAGAGCGAGGUGGGCCUUCAGGGGCACCCAGCUUCACCCACGAGCAGUUUGGAUCUUAAGGCUGCCCCAAAGACUUGCUACUUGCAAGCAAAACGUAGAGAAAUGUUUACAUAAACAGGAAGGCAGCUCUUCGAUGGACUUAACUUCCCGGCGUCUCCAAGGCACUCCGAGGGCCAGGUCCCCGAUGGGGCGCAGGCACUUGGCAGUGGGAGCCGUGCUGGUAGAUGCAGAGGGCAGCGCCAGCAGCAGCCGGCUGUGGGGGACCCAAGAGCACGGAGAAGCCUUGGCUCAUCCCUGCCGCCCUGGAUCUACCCCAGGCCCCACAGGCUGAAGGGAGGCGCAAGGGGAGUCGGGUAGGUAACGAGGUUCCUGGAAAC